UCAUAUUGAUAAAUGAAAUGUAUUACUAAACUACACUUAUAUGAAAGUCAUAUUGUCCUGUUUGUCGCCUCAGUUCAAGCUUGAGGUAUUUACCUGUUGACAAUUUGUUUUUAGUUCAGCUCAACCCUGGUCUUUACACAAGCCUGAUUGAGUGACACGCACAGCAGUUCAAAGGUCAUGCUGAUUUGAGUUUUUCUCUGUUCAUUAGGAGCAUUAGCCCGGGAGACACGGAGGAGAAACCGGCGGUGAGCUGAGACGUUAUUGCCAUGAGAAUGCGAUGUCGUCUGCGGCGGUGUGUCGUGACCGCAGUCACGUUGAGUCUGCUGUUGUUUCUCAGCUCACUGUGGCUGCCUCAAGGGGCAAUUCAGAAUUGUGAGCAGUCGUGGCGGCCUUGUUUAAGUGUGUACACACCAACCAGACAGGUGGUUCGGGCUGCUGUUACUGAUGCUGCUGAUCAUGUGCUUGGAGGAAAUGACAUCAUCGGAGAGUGUCCUGGACAGAAGUUCCAAGUGUCCCGCCUCCUCCUGCAUCUAAACUCCGCCCUCGGCCCCGCCUCCGAUGUGCUGCUGGAUCCGUACCUGCUCUGCUGGGAGGAGCUGAUCAAGUUCAUGGAGUCUCUGGGCCCUCUGGUGGGCUUUUUCACUCAUAAAGUUGAGGAGAAGAUCACACUCAUCCGACAGCUCUCACUGGAAGAAUCUGCCAUCGUUACGACCGAAGAUGAUCAGCACGUAGCCCCGCCCCCUCACCACGCCUACCACUCGGUGCGCUCCAUGCUAGAGGCCGAGCUGCAGAGGGGCGUGGUCUCCUUCGACAGACAAACGCCUUCCGGGAGUCGGACUUUGCUCCGCCUCCAUCGCUCGUUGCUGUGGUUACAGCUGCUGCUGGAGAAGCUGGCGACGGAGCGCGAGGGGCGGAGCAUGGGCGAACUGUGCCGCGACGCGUACCUGGAGGUUUUGGCGCCACAUCAUCCCUGGCUUGUGCAGCGCGCGGCCGAGCUGGUGUUUCGGACGAUGCCUGACCGAAAAGUCUUCUUGCAGCUGGUGUGUGUGCGGACACAGGAAGAGGCGGAGCCUGUGAUGAGCGUCAUCAUCGCGGCAAUCCGAGAAAUUCACCAACGGACAGAGAGAGAGCUGGAGAUCAGAAACAUGUUGGACCUGCCUUAACAUGCAUAAAAACACUCCCACACAACAUGAAUCUUAAUAUAGGCUGCUAUGUAUCACGAAAUAUUAUAUUCAGCUUAUUUUUCUUCUGAGUACCUUGCUAUGUGGUUGCUAGGUGUAUUCUUCCUGUCUGGUGUGAAAAGUAUCUGUGAUCUCAUCCAGCAGGUGAAAAUAGUGCGUGUCAUCACUUAUUUGUACACUAGAUGUCGCUGUUUCACAGCAUUUUUUUUUUGUUUUGUUAAAUUAUUUAUGAGCGGCUUAUCAGGGAAAGACAAAACUUGUUAAUAGAUCAUGUAUUCAGGAAACAUGACAUUAUCAGAUUACUAGUUUCUGUUGCUCAAACUGUGCGUCAGACAUAAAAAUACUCAAAUCAGCUUACUCAAAUUGAAAAUGUUUCUCCCCAAAAUGCCUUGUAGGAUAAAUGCAAAAUAGUCACGUCACUGUUGUCAUACAGUGAGUAUAGAGCAAUAAAGUGAAUGUUAAUAGCAGCUCCAGAUCAUUUGGUCUUAGAAGAAUUUGAUUAGAAAUGAGUCAUUUCAUACUGCUGAUUCUUUGAUUUACAGACUAGAGUAUCUUGGUAAAUCUGAAUACAGUUUGAGACAUUGCUGAGAUCUCUUCUGGAGCUCUAUAAUAUUAUGAUUCCAUGAUUAUUUGGGUCUUUUCUCGAGAGAAAAUCAGGAACGAAAGUCUGUUCUUGGAUAGUGUUUCUUAACUGGUGGGUCACGACCGAUAAAUGUGCAAGAGGUCUAAUCUGAUGGUGAUGGGCAAUAGGGAAGAAACAAUGAUGAAUGCAAACAGGAACAUGCAGCUAGCCGUGUAAUCACGCGCAGUUUAGAUACUAGUAAAACAAACAGACUUAUCAGAAAACACUUCCCAUAUCUUUUGUGGCUGAUGUCAAAGGUUGUGUCCAAUCAAAGAAAAUGAAUGUCACGUUGUAGAAACUAAAUUCAAGAGACAUUUCGAAAGCAAAACUGUCAAUUGUCCUGUUUAGCUUCAUCAUACAGUUCAUGAUAAUAUUAAUAAAUUCAUUUGUUUGAUUUUAAGAAAAUCUAUUUUGUUACUUUUGCACUAUUUGGCACAGUGCCGGAUGCCACUUGAUGACAGAGUCCUGAAGCAAAACCAGUUGAGAACCACUGAUCCAGGAGAAACAAUUAAGAUAUAAAAUAUACUUUUUGUUGUUUCUUUCUUAUAGGGAGAAACACAGAGGAUCAGAUCUGGAAUUAUAUCUGUUAAAACUUUUACCAGUCGCAUUACAUCAUUCAUAUAUUUCUCUUUGUAAGACAAUUAUAUUCAUGUGUUUAUUGUGCUGUAAAAGUGAGUUUGGAAAGCCAAUUCAUACAGUGUUUGUGUUAAUAUGAAGUCUUUGUAAUUACAUUUCUGUCAUGACAACUCUUGGAGUGUUUUGCAUAGGAAUGGAUAUAACAAUGUUGAUAUUUUGGGUCUCGGCAGAAUAUACCUGCUAUGCUGCUGCUGCUGUUAUUAAAGAUCACACAGCAAUAUUUCUACACAGCUCUGUGAAGAAAGCGCUUGAAUUCACCACAGAAUUAAUAACAUUGCUGUGAAAGCUUCUGAGAAGCAUUCACAUUCGUCGCAGAAUUCUGUUAAACCACAGAUAUCAGAUAAAACAGUGCCAACGUGAAAACUGUGGUUUCACAGAGUAUUCUGCGACGAAUGUAGCCUAAAUGCUUCUCACACGAUUUCACAGCAAUGUUAUUAAUUCUGUGGUGAAUUCAAGCGCUGUGUAAUCCGGAAACCAUGAGAAACAUUGUGCCACUAACACUAACAGAAAUAACUUGUGGCAGAAAUGGUCUAAUGUUUUCGAGUGCUUUUAAGUGCUUCCUCACACACUAGGCAACUUUUUCCAGCACUUCAAAGCUUUAAAUAUUGCCCAGUUUGAAUGUUAUUUUUAAUGUGAUGUCCAAAACAUUAUUUGUUCAUCCUUCAUAGUUUGUCCCCAUUUGUAAAA